AUGUUGGUCGAGCGGUGGUUGCGGUCUCAAUCUGAUUUCGGCAUCGCGGAGCUUGCUGAUCAUCCAGACGGAAAGCUGGAGCUCGAUGACCUUUUCGGGUCCGAGGGCUUCAAGCUGUACAGUGAGGCGCUCGCUCGUAAGCAUUCGAAGCAGGAAGGCGGCGCUGGACAGGGUAUCGCGCGGGAAGUUCUCAGGAAAGCGCGCGGGGGGGCGUUCGUCGAAGCGUUUGACUUGGAGCUCGAAGAUAGGCUAGGGAUCCAAGGAAAGGCGCGGGGUCUCGCAGGGAGGGGCAUCGCGGCCUUCUGGCCCCCCAUUUUUGCGAUCUCCAAGAGCGCUAGCACUGAGCUCGCGCAUGCUGGAUGGCUUUGGCUCGCCCGGCACGUUUCCGAGGCGGUUGAAGUGGCGCCCAGACUGUUGGGCGACGUUCUCGCGCGCGGCGGGGCGCUGGCCCAAGAUGCUCAGCUGCAGGCGCAGCUCGUCUUAUUUCAACCGCGCCUCGGCGAGGGCGCGGCGACGAGGUCGGGCGCCGCGAUCGCCCGGGCAGGGAACUUCGCGCGCCUGUGGCCUCCGCCCCCGCCCGAGGGCCGGGCGCGGAGCGCGCGCCAGUUCUUCGAGCCUCGAGAAGACGACCGCGCCCGCGCUCGGAGGGGGGCCCGCCUAGUUGCCUCGUCAAUCUACGUUUGGGCGGCGAUCGCGCCCUCAGAGAAUUCUUUGUCGACGUUAGAGGAUUCCGCCAGAUGCGACGCGUACUGCCGCGCCCCGCGGAGAUGGGCGCAUUUUGAACAGUUCGCGCAGACCCAUUCAGAGAACGCUUGCGUCGCUGAGACGCGCAGGCAGGCAGAUCGCCGCUGCGCCCACUCGUCUGGGAGAUCGCAGCUGCGUUGUGCGUCUGGGCAGCGGGGCGCUGGAGACGCCGUGGGGGAGUUCUGGCGAGGUUCGCCCACAUGCCCGAUGGCUCCAGGGUCUACGCUGACCCGUAGGCCCAGCAGCGCCAGGCUCAGAGUCUGGGCGCGCGAACAUCCCGAAGCUGUUCAGGCUUGCGAGGAUGCCGCGGGAAACCAUCAAGAGUGGCUCACCGAGGCCACCGAGAGCGAGGCGCCGCACCAGUACGGCGAGGGCGGCCGCACUGGUACAGCGCAUAUUUUUCAAGGUGUAUCCGCUCAGUGCGUGCCGGAGUGGUACAUCAAUUGGUACCCCGGCUACCCGAUGGACGUGAUCCGCCACUGGUGGUCCAAGGCAGAGCUCAUGAAUGUCAUGAAGAGGUUCAACACAGAUCCGACUCUGCCGCGCGAUUGGCAAAUGGCCAAGGUGUCAAUAUGGUUCUCUACAGCCCUACGCCAUGGUCCGUAUUGGAAAGAUGGAUUCAGCCGAUACUUCGAAAAGAUUGACACUUUCGAUCCAUACGAUGGCUGGGUUGUUGUUGACGACUUGCUGGCAAAUUGGGCUGGUGACAAUCAGUGGAAAGGCUACCAGGACAUGCACGAUGUGCUUAUCAAGGGCAACCCUCACAGCUCAUACGUGUAUUGGGCGUUGCCGAACUGCUGCGAGAUGAUCGACAACCAUGGCAUGCAGAAGGGCAGGCUCCAGAUGAAAUGCGUCGAGGCAACGAUGGAGACGCCAGAGCUUACCUCCGCCACACCGGUGUCUUUCAAGAGGACGCAGGCGGUGGUGGUGCAUGGGCCCGGGAAGGAGCUGGGCUGCGAAGAGUUCGACUGUCAGAAGGCUUACCUGGGCUCCGACGGGAUGAGCACCGGAAGCUUGUCCACAAGAAAUACGAGCAGCUCCACGAGCGCAGAGCAAUCUCCCACGGUCGGAGGCUUCUACCACAAAGCGGAGUCGAAGGUUUCUUCCUCGAGGCGGACGACUGCCGCGGGCGGGGGCGAGGCCCCGGGGUCUCGGCCCCCGCGCGCGGGCUGGUUGAGGAGGCGCAAGUACAGGCCCGCGGCCGCGGGGGCCGCCGACGGCCUGGCGCCGCACUCGCCGCAGGCCGUGGAGGCGAAGACGCCUGCGUGCACCGCCGCGCCGCCGCGGCACGCGGCAACGCCUCUCCGAGGGGCGCGUCAGCCGCAAGAUACCAGCACUGACGAGGCGGCGCGAUCGGCCGUACCUGGCUGGAGCCGCGUGCUCAUCGAGGGGCCGCUGCAGCAGCGGAACCUCCUGGGCUUCUGGCGCUGGAGGUGGUGCGUGCUGGUGCGCGUCUUCGACACGUGGGAGUUGCGGGCCUACGGCUCCCAGGCAGAGGCCCUGGGGGGCCCAGACCAGCCGCUGAGCCGCCAGAGAGCUGCAGGGCUCGCCGUGGACCUCAGCCCGCACCACCCCUCUGUGCUGUCCCUGCUGGACGGCAAGAGUGGCGAGGUCAAGCUGGUCGUGCGCGCCGGCUGCGGCAAGAGGUGGGAGGAGUUUGCGGCAGCGAGCCUGUGGAGAAAGGCCCUAGCCGGCGCAGGCGCCGUGCGCGCGCUGCGGUAG